AUGAGGCUUGGCGUUAUUGUGCAAGAAUAUCGCUUUCUUACGAUUGAUCAAAGAAGGCUGUUUCUGGAUGAGUGCUACUUGUACUCGUUGAAGAUGCUCACAAUACAAGUGAUCAGUGAUGGUUUGAACCCUUUCCAAAAACUCAUACAGGACAAUUCCAGUUGCUGUUCACCAAACACACAACAAAACCCUGUUUGGGUGCAAGGAAGCCUUGGGCGUGUGUGGUACCGAAUCAGUAGGCGACAAGCAAUGAUACGAACGCUUAGAAUUCGAAUACAAGAUCCAUUAUUUGUCGCAGAUUAAUAACUGAUUAAGAAAUGGAUAAUUAGCGUUGCAUAAAAUGUUUGCUAAACGAAUGGUAAGACGACUUACUGAUGAAGAUGCAAAUGAAUAGUUUUAGAACUCACUCUGAACAUUUCUGUUCAGUUCUUGGCACGUUGACCUGGAACUUGCGUCCACAACCUGUCGAAGAUCCUCGUUGUUCAUGAUUUUUGGUCUCCCUGAGCGC